AAAUAUCACAACGUGUUGUUUUCUUAUCAAUUUACUUCCGGUUCCGUUUCAAACUGAAAAAUACGCAUUUUGUAGUUUUUGAGAUUUAAUACGAAAUGUCGACAAUUAAUUACAGUAAAUGGGAUCAUAUUGAGAUAUCAGAUGAUGAAGAUGACACUCAUCCCAACAUCGACACACCAAGUUUGUUCCGAUGGCGACAUCAGGCAAGGGUUGAGAAAAUGGAAGAAGCAAAGAAAGAGAAAGAAACAUUAGCAAAAGAACAUUCAACCAAUCAGCAGAAGAUACAGCAGAUGAAACAGAAACUAAAAGAAGUCGAGGAAAAGGAAUCAAUGGACAAUUUUGAAAAAAUGAAGAAAGAACUUAAAGAGCUUGAAAAACAAGAAUCGGAAUAUCAGAAAAAAGAAGAAGAACUGAAAAAGAAAGAAAAGCUUACACCAUGGAACAUAGACACUAUUUGCCAUGAAGGAAAAUCAAAAACAAUAAUCAACAAAUAUGAUAAAAAUGAUGACAAAGACUUAACAGAGGAAGAGAAAGCACAGAGACAGGAGGAAUUUACCAAAAAGCACAGACAGGAAGUGAAGAAAUAUGGAAUGUUCAGUAAAUACGAUGACAGCCAGGAAUACCUCACUCAGCACCCAGACCUUGUGUGCGAGGAGACAGCUAAUUAUCUGGUCCUGUGGUGUAUUGAUUUAGAAAUAGAGGAGAAACAUUCUCUCAUGGAGCAAGUCGCCCACCAGACCAUUGUAAUGCAGUUUAUAUUGGAGCUUGCAAAGCAAAUGGAACUAGAUCCUCGAAGUUGUGUCAGGCCAUUCUUCUCAAGAAUAAAGGUGGCACAGAAAGAAUACCUUGAUGCAUUUAAUGAUGAACUUGAGGGGUUCAAACAAAGAAUAAGGACCAGAGCUAAACAGAAAAUAGAUAAGGCAAUCAAGGAACAUGAGGAGGAAGAGAGACAGAAGAGACUUGGUCCUGGUGGUUUAGACCCUAUGGAAGUGUUUGAUUCAUUACCUGAUGAACUUAAGGAGUGUUUUGAAUCAAAAGACAUAGCAAAGUUACAGGAGGUUGUUAUGAAAAUGCCCAAGGAAGAUGCAGAAUAUCACAUAAAACGGUGUGUGGAUUCAGGGCUGUGGGUGCCUAAUGCUCAGGAUGCUGACAGUGGGGCAGGGGAGGGGGCAGAGUCAAAGGAGGAGGAGACUUAUGAGGAAGUUGAUUGACAGGUUAAUGAGCAAAUGAACUAAAGACAUUGUGAUUGAUGGAGAAAGAAAAUGAAUGAAAUAUCCAAACAGAACAAAUUGUCAUCUUCAGUAUAUUACAAUCUUACCAAAGAUAUUUUGUCAGAUCUUGUGAAAUCAUGAAUAUUAGUGGUAGCCUUUUUUGGUGAUUUCAUGUAUGAGUAAAUACAAAAAGAAUCUGAUUGAACAAAUAAAAUUCACAUUCAUUUUAUUUUCAAAAAUCCCUAAAUUCAUAUACUAACAAAAAUAGCCAGUUUGGCCAAGGCCGCAAAAUUUCAUUCCCUUGAAAAUAAAAUUUGUCAGUAUGCCAUAAAAACUACUUAAUAAACAGGAAUUUAUUAUUAUACGCCCGUCUCUGAAAGAGCGGGCCAUAUUAUGUGAACAACAGUGGCAGGCGGGCAGUUGGCGUCCAAAGCAUGUCCACUUUCUAAGUCAAACAUUUUUCAUCCGAUCUUCACCAAACUUGCUGACAAUGUUUGUGGGCAUAAUAUCUCGGCUAAGCACAAUAACCAGUCAAAUCCAGGCACUCCUGGAUUAUGGCCCUUGAAUCACUCAAAAAAACCAGGAAUUUAGCCUUGUCCGCUCUCUAAGUCAAAACAGUUUUCAUCAGAUCUUCACUAAACUUACUGACAAUGUUUAUGGGCAUAAUAUCUCGGCCAAGUUUGAUAAUCAGCCAAAUCACCCCAGGCAUUCUUGGAUUAUGACC